AUGGUUUCUCAUGGUUUUUACUGGACACUGUGGAUGUUGUCGUGUUUUGGCCAGUAUUUAGGGGAAGAUCUGCAGUUUUCUGAGCCGGCUAAUGGAGCAGUAGGAGGAAGUGUAGUGUUCGCUCCUGAUAACCCGCCCUCCACAUCAAUUGAUACAGUUCAGUGGUUUUUUGGAACAACUAUUAUACUGACAGCACAGUCUGAUUCCACUAUAAUAGUCCCAGCAUAUACAGACAGAGUCAGUUUUGACAGAAUCACUCUCACUCUGGAGCUCUGGAACCUGAGACUGGAUGAUUCUAGAAUAUACAGACUGACUGUAGUAACUAGUGCUGGACAUCAACUUAGCGGAGAAACUUCACUACAAGUGUUCGAUGAGUAAGAAUUAUUAAUAGAGGGAGAAUCAUCUGCUAACAUCAACUCUGAGGGAACUGGCAGCAUCUCCUCUGUGCAGUGGAUGAAAGAUAACAGUCUUCUGUCUCCUAGCAACAGCAUCAUCUUCUCAUCUGAUAACAGAUCAGUGUCCAUCAGUCCAGUGCAGAGAUCAGACAGUGGAGAAUAUCAGUGUACAUAUAGAAACCCUGUCAGCUCUGAGAUGGCAAAACUCAGCCUGAUCAUCAACUAUGGACCAGAAGAUGUUUCUAUUAAGGGUCAGGAUGUGGUGGAUUUAGGGGUGCGUGUGUCACUCUCUUGUUCUGCAAAUUCUGAACCUUCUGCUUCAUUCAGCUGGAAGUUUAAUGGAAGAGACACUGAUGUGACCACAGACACAUUCACCAUAGAUCAGACUGACUUCACACACAGUGGAGAUUAUGAAUGCACAGUCUGGAAUAGUGUCACAAAGAGAAGCGCCUCACAAAAACACGCUUUACUAGUUAAAUGUAAGUACUGUAGCAGCUAA